AUGAGCUCAAUCAAUAAGCUUCUGGAGGGGAAGAUUGAUUUCGAGGGCCAGAAGCUCGCUGAGAGGAUAUAUACUGUUGCUUUGGCCGCGAUCACGACAUUAGCGUUUAUUGCGGGCUUCGUCGCGCAGGAUAUUCGACUUACGUUCGCGAUAGUCGCAGUGGGAAGUCUUGGCGUAGCCGCGAUCGUCGUUCCGCCAUGGCCAAUGUUCAACAAGCACCCUGUACAGUGGCUACCCAAGAUCGAGGAUAAGAAGAGCAAGUGA